AUGCAACUUAGAAAAGCAGCUAGGGUUAUCCUCGUUGGCGCCCCCGGAGUCGGCAAAGGCACACAGAGCGAACGACUUCUCAAGCGAUUCCCGCAGCUGGCCUCCAUCAGCACCGGCGACCUUUUGCGCAACAAUGUCAAGAACAGGACCCCCCUCGGCAUCAAGGCGGAGAGCACCAUGAAGGCGGGUGGUCUCGUGGCUGACGACCUGAUGCUCCGCCUCAUCUCGGGCGAGCUCCGACAUCGCGGCUGGCUGCAGAACCACGGCCCCCCGGACAUCAUGACGCUCUCCUCCGAGGCCACCUCCGCCGCCGAGAUACGCCCCCCCGGCGGCGACCUGUCCUUGGACGCCUUUGCGGCCGGCCACGCCCGCUCCUCGUCUGCCCAAGCGUCCGAAGACCCGUCGGCGUCCUUCAUCCUCGACGGGUACCCCCGCAACGCCUCGCAAGCGCACACGCUCGACGGCAUCGUCCCCAUCAACCUGGCCGUGUCUCUCCGGACCCCCUUCUCCGUCCUACUCGAGCGCAUCGCCGGCCGCUGGGUCCACGAGCCCUCCGGCCGCGUGUACAACACCACCUUCAACGCGCCCCGAGUCGCUGGCCGCGACGACGUGACCGGGGACCCGCUCGUCCAGCGGCCCGACGACACCGAGGACGUCUACCGCGCCCGGUUCCGGAAGUUUGAGGAGGCCAGCGAGCCGCUGCUGGAGCACUACGCCAGCAAGGGCGUCCUCAUCGAGAUUCAAGGCAUGACCAGCGACGAAAUCAGCCCCAAGCUGUACCGCGAGUUUGAGCGACGCUUCGUCGUGGGAAGCCCACGAUCUGAUGCGACAGACGUCUUGUGA